GGCAAGCGUCACUCCGCCAUUUCCUGUCGCCAUUUGUACGUUGAUGUUCGGCUAGUCAGUUGUGUCUUGAAAAAAUCCACAAAAUAAAUAUUAAUCCGUUGUUAUUUAACUCCGUUCACGUGAAAAUUUUAAUCAAGGCCGUUUAAUCUAACUGUAUCCGCUCUUAUUUUCGUGUAUAUUUUACCCAAACAAAAACCGUUACGAUGGCCGACGCCGACGAUCUUCUCGAUUAUGAAGAUGAAGAAAAUCCAGAGCAAACCGUUGCCGAGACCGUGGGGGCUGGUGAUCAAAAGAAGGGCAUCAAAGGUACUUACGUAUCAAUUCACAGUUCAGGCUUCAGAGAUUUUCUCCUGAAACCGGAAAUCCUUCGAGCGAUUGUCGACUGUGGUUUCGAGCACCCUUCCGAAGUACAACAUGAAUGCAUCCCACAAGCCGUUUUGGGCAUGGAUAUUCUGUGUCAAGCAAAAUCCGGUAUGGGCAAAACUGCCGUCUUUGUGUUGGCGACGCUGCAGCAGCUAGAACCCACCGAAAAUGUUGUGUAUGUGCUCGUCAUGUGCCACACGCGCGAAUUGGCUUUCCAAAUUAGUAAAGAAUACGAACGAUUUAGCAAAUACAUGCCAAACAUUAAAGUGGGAGUGUUCUUUGGUGGGUUAUCUAUACAGAAAGACGAGGAAGUUUUGAAGAACAAUUGCCCCCACAUCGUCGUGGGAACGCCGGGGCGCAUUCUCGCUUUGGUCCGGUCCAAGAAACUCAAUCUCAAACAUCUGAAACAUUUUAUUUUGGAUGAGUGUGACAAGAUGUUGGAGUUGUUAGAUAUGAGGAGGGACGUGCAAGAAAUUUACCGCAAUACACCUCACGGCAAGCAAGUAAUGAUGUUCAGCGCCACCCUAAGCAAAGAAAUUCGCCCCGUCUGCAAGAAAUUCAUGCAAGAUCCGAUGGAGGUUUACGUGGAUGAUGAAGCCAAAUUGACUUUGCACGGACUGCAGCAACACUAUGUUAAACUCAAAGAAAAUGAAAAAAAUAAAAAACUCUUUGAAUUGCUUGAUGUAUUGGAAUUUAAUCAGGUCGUGAUUUUUGUAAAGUCAGUCCAAAGGUGUGUCGCCCUAGCUCAACUCUUGACAGAACAGAACUUCCCUGCGAUCGGGAUUCAUAGAGGAAUGAAUCAAGAAGAGCGUCUUUCGCGUUAUCAGCAGUUCAAAGAUUUCCAAAAAAGAAUUUUAGUAGCCACGAAUUUGUUUGGUAGGGGCAUGGACAUUGAAAGAGUCAAUAUUGUGUUCAAUUAUGAUAUGCCUGAAGAUUCAGACACCUAUCUGCACAGAGUAGCGAGAGCUGGACGUUUUGGUACAAAGGGUUUGGCAGUCACUUUUGUGUCAGAGGAAAGUGACGCUAAAAUUUUGAACGAGGUACAAGAUAGAUUUGACGUAAACAUCACGGAGUUACCUGAUGAAAUUGAUCUCAGCACUUACAUUGAGGGACGAUAAUCGCGUCUGGAUGUCCUUGGAGUUUGAAUAAGAGUUGCAUAUAUGAAAAUGUAUAAUUUAUGUUUUGUGUGUGUUGGUUGGAUAACUGAUUAUCCAUUAUGUAAUUAAGUUUCAAUUGUCAACGACUAAAGUUCCAUUUUUUUACAUGUCGAGAGAAUAAAUGUUUUGAGAGUA